AUGGUGGUGAUCGUCACAGAGGAAAUGGUGGAUGGCAAGGAGCUGCUGGACAUGAGGAUGCAGAUGACUGGACAGAUCAAUUUGGACGCAGCACCACAGGAGGACCUGACCAGAGUCAUGGCUGAGAUCCGUGAGCAGUACGAGUCCUUAAGUGCCAAGAACCAGCGUGACCUGGAGGCCUGGUUCCAGACCAAGACAGAGACGUUGAACAAGGAGGUGGCAUCCAGCACAGAGGUUCUCCAGACCUCAAAGUCAGAGAUUUCGGAGAUCCGUCACACACUGCAGGGCCUGGAAAUUGAACUGCAGUCACAGCUCAGCAUAGUGAGCUGUAAUUACAAACAUCUGACCAAGGACCACAGUUUAGGGCACAUUACCUCCUCCACCUCCACCACACGCAUGGUGGUGACCGUCACAGAGGAAAUGGUGGGUGGCAAGGUGCAAGCAAUGGGUUAA